AAUAUGGCGGUUGUCAGCCAGACAAAGACAGUCAGUCUGAUGUGAUUGAGACAAGGGAGGUUUUUCAGGGGGAGACUGGGAGAUAGGGGCCUCCCCUCCCCCUUCUCCUCUUCCUGCGCCGGCCUCAACCCCUCCCCAGUCCCCUCCCGACGGGCGCCCCACGCGGAAGACACCCCUCCCCCUCCCGCUUUCCCUCCUCCCUACCUCAGCCCUUCGUACUGGGACGUUGGGGAGGGGGCUCUGCCGGGCGGAGAGAACUCAGCGAGGAUUCUGAGAAUGGUAGAUAACGCAGAUCAUCUCUGGAAAGGAUAUUGAUCCGCCUCAUGUAAAGUAUGCUCAGUUCCUUUCCAGUGGUUUUGCUGGAAACCAUGUCUCAUUAUACAGAUGAACCCAGAUUUACCAUAGAGCAGAUAGAUCUGCUUCAGCGACUUCGGCGUACUGGAAUGACUAAACAUGAAAUUCUCCAUGCCUUGGAAACUUUGGACCGUCUUGAUCAAGAGCAUAGUGACAAGUUUGGAAGAAGGUCCAGCUAUGGAGGAAGUUCAUAUGGGAAUAGUACCAACAAUGUCCCAGCAUCUUCCUCUACAGCUACAGCUUCCACACAGACGCAGCAUUCGGGAAUGUCCCCAUCACCUAGCAACAGUUAUGAUACUUCCCCACAGCCUUGCACUACCAAUCAAAAUGGGAGGGAGAAUAAUGAGCGAUUAUCUACAUCCAAUGGAAAGAUGUCACCAACUCGCUACCAUGCAAACAGCAUGGGUCAGAGGUCAUACAGUUUUGAAGCCUCAGAAGAGGACCUAGAUGUAGAUGAUAAAGUGGAAGAAUUAAUGAGGAGGGACAGCAGUGUGAUAAAAGAGGAAAUCAAAGCCUUUCUUGCCAAUCGGAGGAUUUCCCAAGCAGUUGUUGCACAGGUAACAGGUAUCAGUCAGAGCCGGAUCUCUCAUUGGCUGUUGCAGCAGGGAUCAGAUCUGAGUGAACAGAAGAAAAGAGCAUUUUACCGAUGGUAUCAACUUGAGAAGACAAACCCUGGCGCUACACUAAGUAUGAGACCAGCCCCCAUUCCAAUAGAGGACCCUGAAUGGAGACAAACGCCUCCCCCAGUCUCUGCCACAUCUGGUACUUUCCGACUACGACGAGGGAGUCGAUUUACUUGGAGAAAGGAGUGCCUGGCUGUUAUGGAAAGUUACUUCAAUGAGAAUCAAUACCCAGAUGAAGCAAAGAGGGAAGAAAUUGCAAACGCUUGCAAUGCAGUUAUACAGAAGCCAGGCAAAAAACUGUCAGAUCUGGAAAGAGUUACCUCCCUGAAAGUAUAUAAUUGGUUUGCUAACAGAAGGAAGGAGAUCAAGAGGAGAGCCAAUAUUGAAGCAGCAAUCCUGGAGAGUCAUGGAAUAGAUGUGCAGAGUCCAGGAGGCCACUCGAACAGUGAUGACGUUGACGGGAAUGACUACUCUGAGCAGGAUACUUGGCAAGUACGCAAUGGGGAGGAGGAGGAGGGAAGAAGUUCAGAGGGAGGCAGAGAAGCAGAGAAGGUAGAAGAAGAGAGGAGGAUCUGAUCCAAACAAGAUGACAGUACGAGCCAUAGUGACCACCAAGACCCCAUCUCAUUAGCUGUGGAAAUGGCAGCAGUCAACCACACUAUCUUGGCAUUGGCCCGACAAGGAGCCAACGAAAUCAAGACAGAGGCCCUGGAUGAUGACUGAUCAGGGAGGUUAAACACGACAAGUUAACUUAGUUUAGACGUAGCACCUUAGCAGACUUUCCUCGGUCCUUAACAUGUGUUCUUACAGUAUAACUUGCAGUUUCUUGUAUGUCAGGUAGCCGUUAGGGUCUUGUUCUGUGAAGAUGGCAUGGUGCCCUCAGCCUUUGCAUAUACUCUCUCAGUAUUAAUUCCCAGUAAAUAAUAACCAACCAACCAACCAAACUUCCCUCUCCCAGCCCGUGAGGCUAGAAAAUCUUGCUGCUCCGUCUUAGCAUUCCAAGAAAGUGCUUCCAGGUAUUUAGAUAGCCCUCAGUUCUCAAAUAUUAGGCUAUGUGUAAAAUCUUGGGUACCUUUAGAUUCUUGUAACACUAGUCUGUACCCCCUUUUCCUUCCCCAAGACUGAUAGGAUGCAAGCUGAGGUCGUGGCACAGGAAUGACAGACACCAUUUGGGGAGUAUCCACAGAGUCAAAGGAACACUAGAAUCCCCACCUCAGUGUGAGGAUAAUUGAUUUCCAGCUGCAAUAAGCCGUGCCUCAUUAUAGCCACACUGUGGCUAGAUUAUACUUCUUUGGGUGCUGUGCUAAGAAUGUCAAUGGAAAAAGUCGAUCUCAGAUUUUGUUUGAAGUUAACAUGCCUGACACAGACAUCCUUUCCUCUCACAAGCUGUGUGACUUAGUAGAUAAAAUACUGCCUUCUGCCUUUGGGACCAUGAUUAAAAACAAAGACAAAAACCAAACGUCAUAAAAAAAAAAAAAAAAGGCCCAGCUUGAGAGCAUUGGAAAAAAACAUGAGCUGAAUGUCUAAUGGAUGCUAAGUCCAGUUUUCAGAACCACUGUACAUUCCGCGGCACAGUUAGCAGUGCCUGCCUGGAAAAGUUUUGGAGGUCAUCGUGGAAGUUGCUUUGCCUCCUGUCAGUGUCCCCUUUCCCUGCUACCAAAAAAGUCUUUCAAGGAUGGAGCUAAGGUCAAAAAUGAGUGAAAAAACUUGCAGUGUUUGUAUCCAUUAAACGGAAGCCCCCUCAGUCUGAGAGGUCGCUAGAGGACUUCAUAGUGGGGUUGUGCUGCCUGUCACAGACGCAGACACUUGCCCAGACAGGAGCAGAGAAAAGCAGGGGACGUUUCCUACUCACAUUGUGGCUGUACGAGAACACGAUGGGACUGCUUUGCUGUUCUCUUUACUCUGUCCUUGGAGAGGUGUGAAAAGCUGUAUUGCUACAGGCAAUUUAUUUAAUAAUUGGAAGCCAUAUUGAUAAUGGAUGUGGUAAUAUUUGUAAAGUUUAAUCUACUUUAAGCGGCAGUAACUAAUGGAAUUUUUUUCCUUGAUCACAUAUGUAGCACUUUUGUUACUUUUUAAAGAUAUUUAUAUUUGAUAAAUCUUUUUUUUCAUUUUGAGAACUCAAAAUACCAAACAGUGAACUUGCGUUAUAAAGUCACCCUGUGAUCACCUUGUCAUCUAGUAGCAAAAUGAUGAACUAUUCAUGCAUCAAAGAAAAUUACAUCUGCUGGCCUUGUAUGAAAAUGAUCUCUUGGCAUCCCGAUUAAAUGACACACUGUCACUGUGGGUAAAAGGAAAGAGCCUUCAAUGUAGCAGCACAGGGUGCGUCUGAAAGAGGCACAACUGCUGUGGUUUCUGCCUUGCUCCAUCUCUCCUAUGUAUAGUGAAGCCUUGUUUAAAGGGGCAUGUGGGGCUGGCUGUUAAGCAGGGCUCCUUUUUGUCCAUUACCUGAAAACAAUUUCUAAGAUAAAAGGAAGGUGCCAUUUCCUUACCUCUUCACCCAUCCUCCUCCACCAAAUGUAUUCAAUGACCUUCCUCAAUAUUCUUUCUCAUUCAGGAGAUACUGAAUAUCCGCCAGUUUCCAGCUGGUCUCCUUCCACUUAAGGCACACGCUGACUGCGUCAUUUCCUUAUCUGUUAAUCCUGCUUAUUUGAGUGUGAGGAAAGUCUUCGAGAGGGCAUGAAAGUGCCACCUUAUAUAUGUCUGUGACUUUAAAGAGCUAUAUGCAGGUCCUGGUCCUGCUGUUGUCCAUGGAUUUCAGGGGGAAAAAAUAUAUGUACUUUUUUCAGCUUCCAAGCAUUGAAGUAAAGUGGAGCCGUCUCUUCUGUUUUACUGUAUUACUUGAACCAACAAAUUCAAGAGUAGCAUUUGUUAUUCUCAGGAAUGAGCCUCCCCCCCGCGGCCAACUCAUAUUCUUUCUUGGUUUAUCUGACUUUUUAUUUCAAUUAGGAGAUCGUGUUCUCUUGCUUUCCUUUUAUUUUGCUUAAAGGAAAUGUAACAUAUUUCCAUUUUUGUGGAAUUUUGACUGCUUAUUCUCAGUUGAAUCAAAAUACAAGGAGACAGAGAAAUAUCCACUCUGACAAGCCACAUACAUGAUUGAUUGUAAGGAGAUUAUUAUAAUUGAUAGCUUCUUUAUCAUGGGAUUGCUAGUAUCAUUUGUACUUGCUAGUCUUUUUAAAGGAACAGACUCAAACUGUUAAGACAGCUGCAGUUUCUAAAGAACUACAAAGAUUGUCAUAGAUGUACUCAAAGGUUUCAUUGUUUUAACACCUUUACGGGAGGAAAAAAGCUUCAGAGAAUAAAGGCAAGUUCGCAUCCAUGAAGGGCAGUACCAGACCCUAUAUGGCAAUGUGGUGAAACUGAAAGAAUAUUUCUGCCACUGCAGGAGAAUGUCCUGGAGAGCUCAGUGGGAGCAGGAGGAAGGCAUCUUCCACCCACAGCUGUUCUUGUCACUGGAGAAGACCGCUGGCUGCUCUGAAGACCCACUGCCUUACAUGUCACUUUUGCUUUUUCACCAAGAGUGAGAAUUUACUUCCUCUGGGCCUAGAUUUAAACCUGUUAGUUUUCUGUUUGUCACCAAGUUCAAUUCUGCCAGGCCAGAAUUGUCCAGGCCACCUUGGUUCUUAUAAUGGUGUGUGGCGCUGCUACUGUUAUAUUUCUAGUGUCUUUAGGUAGUAUAUUUCUCUCUUAAGCUUUUUCAGGUUUUAGUGGCGGAAUUAAACUAGAAACCCUAAACUUCCUUAUUACUGAAGGGAAAGCAGCCAGGCUCUAAAAACUCACACUGUGCGCUUCUUGGUUGUUCUGCUCCCCGCCCCCCCCCGCCCCGCCCACCCGGGUUGUACUUCACUCUCUCCUUCAGGCCCCAGGGGACUCCUGCAGGGGCUGUUCCUGUCGAGGAAGACUUUCAAAAGUCUUUUGGGAAAGUGGGAUGUGGGGGAACUUGCCAACAGGUAUUCAUAUAAUUUAUUUCUUUAAAGACACCUUAAUUGAAUUACUAUGGUCAGAUGGGUAAACUUUCCAAACUUUAAAAACACUGACACAGGGACCUUUUAAAAUGGGCCAUCUUGAUGAGAUCUCUGCCCAUCUGUUGAUAACCCUAACAGCAGAUGAAGGCUGGGAGGGCAACACACUGCAUUCUUGUCUGAGCCCUUCAGUGCUAUUCAGUCCCAAAUAGAUGUUUUGAUUUGUUUCAGCAAAGCCAGUAAUGUUGGAGUGCCCUUACAGCAAUUUUCUUCACAAUCAAAAUCACAGUCCUUUAAGUGGUUAAUAAAUGUAGUUGCCUUCUACCCACCUAUGACUCUGGACAGUCCCCAUCCCUGUCACUCACAAGGGCAGUCCUCCCACCCCACCCCCAUAUUCACAUUCCCAUGGCCCAUCACAGGAAGGAGGAACCUGAGGCAGAGCGGAGGAAAAUCAUUCAUGCAGAAGUGUGCACAUCCAGUUCUCUAGUUCUUGGUAGAUUGAUGGUGGCAGCCCGUUCAGUGAUCACCACCUAUGUUAGGUCCGUGUAUCCAGAUAUAUUUUACCUCAAAGGAGAUGACUGAAGAAUUCACCAAUAUAGUUAUUUCCUUUCUGCCUGUUUAACGUUUGUCUUUAAGAAAUGUUGACUUUAGAAACUUCUCCCUUGGCUAUCAACCAUCAGGCACCAAGUAUAAACAGACUCAUUGAAUCAGGAGUCUCCAGCCUCAUCCUGUCUGUGAAUAGCUCCUCUUCUGUUUCCCUCUGACAAGGCCUUAAGCUGACUUCUUUGCUGGAAUUUUCUAAUCUUGUGACAGCAGGGAAAAGUAGCUGGAUGUGGUCCAUCUCUUAACACAAACACUCCUCCCUGUCUUGACCAGCUACAUAUUCCACUGAACAGCCUCAUCAUCUUUGCCCUCAACAGUGGAAAUGAUCCCUUUCCCACAGAUGUUCUCCCACCCACCCUCCCUCCCUUCCUCUUCCUAAAAAUGUGAAGUCUUAAGUCUUUACUCUCUGGUCUUCAGAGGGUUUGGUUAGAAGCAGUCUUCCCAUUUAAUUUGUGGCUCUGCCUUUUAAAAUUGUUUUUUGUCUUUUGUUGUUCAGGGAACAACCAGAGUAUUUUCUCCCCAGUGUGUCCCAACAGAUUCUUAGGCAAUAAUUUUUCUUGUUGAUGAUCCUGUGCUCAAUAGCACACUACAUUGAAGAACCCUGGCCCUCACCAUUGUGCGUUGGUUUCUGUGUUAAUCUCUGUGAUCUGAAUCAUGUCAGAGAGAUGAUAGAUUUUAUCAUUUUGUUGUAAUUAUUAGUAAUGUUUUACUACUGUAUUCAUUGGGGCUGCAUUGAGACCAGCCAAAUCCAUUUAUAGCUUUGCUGAGCCGGAUUGAUUUGUCAAGAUUUCCCAAGUGAAAGUUGGGCACAUUGCCCAGCUCCUGCUGGUGGUAUCUUUGGGGAGUGUGGGAUGGGGUGGGGGGAUGUCCUGGGGCAGGGGUGGGAAUGACACAUAUAAGGCAUUCCUUUUGUUUUUUUUUUUUUUUUGCUUGUGCUCAUUAAAUAGCAAGGGUGUUUACUCGGGAUUUGGGGAUCAGUUGUCAGCCAUGUUCAAUUUGGCAAACUGAGCUGCAUGCCCUGAAAGCCCUCUUUUUAUUUCUUCAUUUCCAUACUGUCGAAUGACUUACUUCGCCUAGGAAUACCUAAGUUAUCCAGUCCAGUGUUCCCUGAUGAGAGUGGAAGAUUUUCCUGGAAAGGCAGCUGUCCAUGCCAGGUCAUCUGUCAGGAUGUUAUGGUGGUGUGCGGUCAGAGCAGAGGGCCUUUCUUUUCCUGUAAUGUGCUCUACUUCCUUACGCAUGCUUGGUUUCAAAGAUGACCGCCACUUUAAAAGAAAGAUUUCCUUACAGCUCUCCAGAGAACUAUCAUACUAAGGUGAUAGGAAAGGCUUCUCAGAUACAAGCCAACAGUCUGUUUUCUGAUUACAGAAACUCCUCUCACAUACAGGUUGUGUUUGGAAAGGCUGUCCCUCAAUUCCACCUAUAAACUGAAAGUGAUAAGCUACUGUCUUGUGAUCUUGCAGAGCCAAUAGUUGAGUCACUCAUUUCUGAAAGGUAACUUUGUUCAUAUCUAUGUAUUUUCAAACCUGGAAGUUCGUAAAUUGAAAGUUUCAGUAUUAGCUGUAUUAUUCUUUCUUGAUGAGGAAUAGAAAUGGCAGCAAAAAGCAAGCCAGCAAUCUGAAAACUCCAGUCUCCUCUAACACUGGCUUUGUUUUAAAUCAAGACGGGAAGAGAUACAUGAGGGGAGGGAGGGAAGAUUUGCUGGCUGCCCAUUCUUAUCUCAGUGACAUAGAUGCCUCGGGAUUACAGGCAUGCGGAGCACUGAACCUCUUUGUUGUCGUUCUUCCUAUGAUAUUUGUGGCAGAACUUUCUAGUUGAUUCUGUUCACAUGAAAUGUGACAAGCAUUUUUACACCAUGAGACAGUUUACUACCCACAUGCCACACCCAUUGUCUGUCUCAUCAGCCAGCCCCAUAACCGCAUCCAGAGGGAUGCAGCUGAAGGGGACCCGUGCCUUUCUCCUCUCCUGACACUCCUUUCACGUGGCAGGUUUGCAGGUUGGUCGGCCCCAGUCUGGACAGCUGUGUCCGUGCCUGCUCGGCUGCCCUCCAGUUGGUUGGUGCGGCCGGCGUGGGCAUGCACAACCCGGCUCCCACUUGAGAAGUCUUGGGAUGCCGGCUCCCUCGACUCCCUUUUCAUUUUCUCUUCUUUUAAGUAAGAGUGGCUCUGUAUAGCCAUAAUUAACUCUCAAAUUCACAUUGGUGUGCUGUGAUCAAAUGAAGGUUGGACUGAAUCUUUUCAAAUUGUAACCAUGGUAAUUGAGGGGGGUGGCAUAGAAUGAAUAUAUAAAAAUAUAAUGGCAAUUGUUCUGAAUGACUGAGUGUCCUCCUGACAUGUAAUUAGCUGUUUUAGCAGGAUGUAGAUUGGCAUGGUCAUAAUUAAAAGAAUUUCUGUCCUUUAUGUGAUUGGAAAUGGCAGCGCUCCCAUCCCCUGUUCCCUCUUAGCACUAAUGCUCCCAAGAACAUUUGGAACAGCAGCUCUGUAAACUAAAAUAAUGACAUGGUGCUUCUGUUCUCCCCUAAGUGAAACAGCAGAAUUUGGAGUUGUUUCAGCUUCAAAAUGGAAGCCUUUGAUUAUUGUUCCCCAUUUGACUUCUAAGUUCUUUGAAACUUCAUUCAACAUCCAGUUCCAAUUUGCUCCACCUCUGGCAGAAACCACAGUCGGGACCCCAGAAGGAGCCCCUUUGACCAGCCUCCAGUGCGUUCCAGCCCAUGGUCUGGCCAGCUCAGGGCCCUUGCUUGCCUAACUCGAGGACACUGCUGCUUGCUGGGCUCUCUGGGAUCUUCAGAUUUCCCUUGGUUGCUUGAUAUUUCCAUUGAUGUCACUAUCAGAAAGCAUUUCCCAAACAGAAGUUUACAGAAAAUUGAACCAAGGUUUCCUCAUUGAAUCCUAAGACUCAGACAACAUGACAGGACACACAUAACUAACACAGGCUUUAAACACGUGGGGGCAUGAAUGGAGUACUAUUCAUGACAUUCUAAAGCUACUGGAGCAUGGGACACGUGUGUCUGCACGCUCCUCUCACACCCCUUGGCAGGUGCCCCCUCCCACCGGCGCUGUUGCCCUGAGUCUUCCCCACUGUUUCACUGUGCCAGUGUGAGCAUCUCCCUGGCACUCAAGUUCAUGUUCUCUCCCUCCCACUCUUCCUCCUGUCUCUUCCGUGCUCCCUGUUGCACGGGACAUCAUGUGGGCUUGAUGCCAUACACAGUCCCUGACCAUGGUCCCCUACUUUUCUCCGGAAGUGUCACACUGGACAGGAGCUGCUGAGUCACCAACUCACCUUUCCCUAGAAUGUGGCUUUGUUGUUUUCCCCCAUCACUUGCAGAGGUCGUUAUUCAAUUAUAUGAUCAAGAAUGAGUCUACAAGGAUACCAGCACCAGACAUAGUGCCAAAUGGCCUUUUGCAAGCUGUUCCAUGCCCAAGAAGCUCACACUUGUGCUGGGUGAGCCUGGGACCAUGAGCCUUUUCUUUUCCAGGUCUGGACACUCCAGGGUUGGUUUGGCUAGCCACUGGGGAGAGUACAACUCUGGCCUUUUUUCAUAUUUUGCUGCUUCUCUUUGUACAGAUCUUUCCCUCUCCGUAUACCAAAAGGAAUCCUAACCUAGUUGAAAUGCUAGUUGCAAAUCAGUUUCAUGAGAAUGCUGAAGUAGGCUACUGAUUUAAAAUUUUCCUCUUCCCUGAAAAUACACACACCUAGAGAAUUUAGGGAAAGGCUCUUAGGCCUUGGGAAUCUUAUCUUUUCAUUCCCCGCAAAAUACCUACAAAAAAAAUGUGUAGUAUUCCUUCAGUAUUCCUCCUCUUAUAGGCUCUGAAAGCAACCUCAUUCCCACCCAGCCCUUGCACACCUGCAUUCAAGAUCCAUGCAUGCAGUUGUUGAAACUGUUUUCUUUGGGAUCCUAUCUUUAUGACAAUUGGAAUGAUUACAGAUUUAUGACCCGAAAGAGUAGAGCAUUCCUUUUCCUAUUUUCCCAGCUGCUAAAAGAUGACUAUCUCCAUUAGAAUUUAGAAUCCAUCUUAAGAUUAGAGAUGGUAAGAACUGACUGGAUGGGUCUAAUUCUAUGAUUUGUGAGACAUGCAUUAAAAUCGUCAGCAGAACAUUCUGAUGAUCCACCUACACUCAAAACACCACCAUAGUUAAAACCUUCUAAUGGAGCCCCUGUCUUAGGGAUCAAGGUAUUAGAGGUGCUGCCUCAGGGAUGGUGCUACUUCAAAAGAACCGAAGUUGGCGAGACACCUCCCUUCCCAAAUGCUUCUGCAGGCCACUGUGGUGCUUCAGAAAACCCCAACCAUAUAUUCCUUUAUCAGCAGCCCCCACCCCUUUCCAUCACAACUCAGCUUACCAGAAUCAGUGAAAAUCGAGGCAGUGCUUACCCAUGAAAUAUGUGGGUUUUGUUCUUGUAGGAAACUAAAGAUACCACCACUGUAAAUCAUAGUAUGACAGAGACAAACGCACAGGUCUCCCGAGCACCCCAAAGUCAAUACAGCCCAUGUUUUCUGAGCACGUACUGUGUGCGGGGCCUCGUGCUGGACAUGUGUGCUGCCUCAUGACCCAACACCAAGCAAGUCACCUCACCCACGUCAAGGCAAGUCUCCCCUCGUUUCUUUCAUUUCAGUAGGACAUUCAUCUUCAAACAACAGACCGCAUAGGACAGUCUGCCCUCUCUGAACACUAACCUGGUUUGUUUUCUCACGCAGCAGUGCCAGGUGCCCCCCAGGCGCGCUGUGGCAUCGCCCCCACCUCUGUGAGCUGAACUCCCUCCGUGAGGGUCUGGAUGCUACAGCCUCUCCAGAGUCUUCCUCCUUGGUCAGUGGUGAGGACAGGAGUGCAGGGAGGUGCCGCAGUGGUUGACAGGGUGGGAAGCCUGUGUGGCUGAGGGGAACUUGAACUCCAGCACCCCUUGCCUGCAGUUAGCAAAGGCAGAGACCAGGAAACCUUGCGCUUCCCCGUCUUCUCUCUCCAGCUCUUGUAGCACUUCCCUGGUGGUUCCUUCGGGGGCUCCUGCUGUGUUCAGGAGCAUCUUGCCCAGCUGGCCCCUCCUUCUCUCUAGAACCCGAGGGUCUGGGGUUGUGGAAUUAGAUCAGUGUCUGCUCUGCCUCAGGCCUCCCUGGCUCCUCAUGGGUCCUGACUGCAAAGACAUACCUUGAUUUGGGCUCAGCGUAAGAACUUUCUAGAAGUCAGAAUCCAGCUGAAGCAGGAGCUCCUUUGAAGUAGAGGUCUGGUUCCUGUCCUGUCACAUUUCACGUGGAACUGCGGUGACUGUUGUUAGGGACAUUGAACAAGGGACAUGGGUGCCAAGCUGACCUGAGGACUCGGCUAACUAAAGUUCCACAUUUCUUCCCUUCUCCACCUGUCUACCUCUUUUCCAUCAAACAUAAGUGGUCCUCUAGGGGUUGGCUCUCUCAUGGUCUCUCUCUUCUGAUCUGCUCUGCCCUGUUGUGGGCAUCUUGGAACCAUCUCAGAAGCAAAGUCACAGCUGUGGACUGGUCCUUGUGAGAGUCUCCCUGGAUCCUAUGUACCUGUAAUAGGUACAUAGUUACGUUAUUAUCCAACCUCCAAUCCCCAAAAAGCCUCCUUAAUUUGAAAGAGAAAAGGUGUAUGUGCCUUGCAUUUUGUUAUCGGUCCAGAUUUUGCAUCUGGUGGUGGCUGGGGUGCCAUUGGGAUUUUGGAAUGGGAGUAGUUUGAUUCCUCCCUAGGAAGGAACUCAUGGCUCUCACAAACCAGUGUCUGUGGCAGUGACAAGUCACAGAAUUUGUGUUUCAAGGUUUAUUCCUUCUUCCCUUUAGGACUUUUUCAACUUCCUGUCACUUCGGGCUAAGUCUAAAUUUCAGUCAUGUUUUGUGGCUUCCUUUAAGCACAGAAACCUCUCCUUUCCUUCCAUUACUGGAACUAAGAUCCCAGCAUAAACUCGUGAGAGUCACUUUUCCACCUCAUCAUUUGCUGGAGGUAUUAAGCUGGACACAGAAUGACAUCAGUGUCAUACCAAUGUGAGCAGCAGCCACUCUGGUGUGUUCCAUUGAACUCUUGUUCUUAAACCAGAUUCACGGGGGGCAGGCACAGAGUUAGAAGAGUGGGCUGCAUGAAGACGUGUGUUCAGCGGUGGCUGCUUUCAAGCAGCAUUGUUGUAUGCCUUGAAAACCACAUUUCAUUAUGUUAGAAUCGGUGAUCCCCUUAAUACUGCAUCUCUGAAAACGGGCACCCUGAAACCAAAACCAAAGUUCUGGAGGUGGGGAGUGGAGCUUUUCUUUCAAAGCACUGGGAGCUUGGGCAGGGCGUCCCCUGAAUGCUCCUCAGUUUUGUCGGAACACUCAGAAGGGCCUCCUCUUUUCCUAGUAGUUGCCUCAUGUUGACUCUAGAAAGCGUGUGCAGCCUGUGCCUCCCCGACCCAUGGCGGGCGUCUGGAUAGACCCUGGGAGCCUCCCCACCCCUGCCUCUUCUAGCCACUUCUCCAGGGGGCUGUAGAACACGGUCAUGGGAAGGCCUCUGCUGGGCCAAGUCCCUGGCCCCUAAGCCAUCACAGCACUGGCGUCGUCAGACACACCCUGGCUGCAAGGCAGGACACUCCCCUUGCUGAGAGAUGCCAAGUGCGUCAUCAUUGCCUCCCCUGGAAGAGCCCACAGCCUUCUAUGACCUCCCCCCAGCCCGGGCUCGCCCUGCCUUCCACGGCCAUGGUCACAUUGGGUAUGCAGUACCUUUCAAGGAUAAAUUUUUGUUUAUGUUUUUUAAGUGCCUAAGCAAGUUACAGACCUCUGGAACCUGCCAGAGAGUCGGCCUGUGCCCUGUCCCCAUCCCUCCCCACCCUGCACUGGCCCUUGAGGGUGGGCACAGGGCGGCUGCCCCUCUCCAGUGUCCCUGGCGUUCUGCAGGCAGAACAAGGCAGGGACAAACUAGCGGGAGAGAUCGCUUCACAGCCACAUCAGGCUGGCUUCAUCACUGUUUUCCAGCGUUUGUUUCUUUAGGGCUGUUUCUGUUUAUGUGGUUUUGGUCUUGGUUCAUAGAGAAUUUAAGUCUGCUUAGGGAAAUCUCAGUAGCCACUAAGAAGACAGGAGAGCAAGACAGCCUCAGAGCAGCAUUCCAGCUCUGGCUUUGGUAGGAGUUGGAAAUGUGUCCACAUCCAAGAGGGCAAAGCGUCGAAUCAUCCUAGCUCAUGAGCCUGACUCAGCUGCCAGCAUGAGCCACUGGAACCCCAGCUGCCUUUGCGAGCCCUCUCUUCCUAGACUAGACGGAUCGGGGUGUCUGCUCACGAGGGCUUGGGAAAGCCAGCAGUCGGGCAUUCAGAUCCAAAGUGUGUCUUUGGAAAUGAGUGUGAGAGUAUUUGUUUCUUUUUUUAAAAAUAAUUUAAGUCUGAUCUAAAUAUGGGGCCUUUAUUCUGUGAUGGGUGUACGACAGAUUAUUUUGUGACUGCACUCUGUUCAAAUCACAUCACUAAGCAGCGCUCAGAUGAUUUGUUGGUGCAUUAAAAGGUUUUGCAAAAUGGAACAAUCCAUACCCAGGCACUUUAUUUUCAUUAAUAAUCCAGCAUUUUUGUUCAGACAAUGUAAUGACCCAAAACACUGGGUAUUCAUAUUUGACACAUGGGCAAACUUGCCAGUGGAAUUAUGACCUGAUAGAGAAGGGAAGGCAGGCUGACAAAGGUGAUCGAAUGGGGGAACAGUGCUGUGGUGAUCAUGAGAAUGAGGCUUUUCUGUAGCAUGUAAACCAAACCAGGCCCUUGGCAGUGCGUCAUUCCUCAGUUCUCCAGAUGCUAUUUUUGCAGGUUCUACCAAGUGCUUGUUGAUUACCCUAGUUGUAAUUGUCUAGGGAGAGAUGAAUGUAAGUGAGAGUGCAGAGCACUGGGGAGGGCGACAGUGAAAUGCAAUUAGAGGCAGCAAGAGAGUCCUAGUCUGUUCUCACGUAACCGGACUUGAAAGCUCCAGCGCGAGCAGAGUGCUGGGGGUGGAUUCCACUGCCGAACCGCGGCACCUUUGCUUUACUCUUCAGCAUGGGGGUGGUAACUAGCUGCACAGCAAGUUAUGAAAUGGAAAGCAAGCUUAACGGCUGUAAUCUCGUCGGAUACCCCGGAGUAGAUGCCUUGGGAUUGCCUGAAGUGUUUCGCAUCCACCAAAUAAGUUGAGUUUCUAAGAUGGGCCAUGCGGGAUCCCUGCCACAUGGGCGUGGGGGCAGCGCGCUCCUCCCUGCCUCGGCUGCUGUGUGUCUUAGUCUUCGUGUUUCCCCUUGGCGUCUCCUCUAGUCCCUGUCCAUCUUGUACACCAUGUGUCCCUGAGGGUGAGUCACACCUGUGUCUGAGUCUGCUGUAAGGUGUUCAGUCUACCUCAAGGGGUCAUCAUGGUAAGCUCUGUCCCACGGCAUCCUCCGUCCAUCACCACACACACUGGAAUGUAUCUCCCCGCCCUGCCCUUCGAUAACCUCCUGACCCUGUCUUUCCUAUCAUCACCACAAACUCCUAGUGCAAAUUGGAUGCUGCUUUAAAUGUGAAAACAAUUGUUCAAAAGCUAUAAAACCUGAAUGAAAGCUGAAGCUGAAUUUAUAAGCCUUGUUGCGUAUGAGCCAAAAGUGCAAAAAGCUCUAUAUAAUGAACUAACCUGCCACUCGUAUAAAUAUAAAUAUAUAUAAAUAUAUUAAAAUCAGACUGUUCUACAAAAUUGUGUAUUUGUAUUUUUGUGUACGUACAAUUUUCUGCUAAGCAGAAGGAGGAUGUAGUAUAGGAUGCUGUGAGAAGAGAUUUGGUUUAAUCCUAUUUCUUUGUUACUUAUUUUUGUUAACAUCAGAUGCCUGUCUUUGUCUUAUAUGUGUAUGACACUGUUUGGAAAGCUGCAGUAUCUCUCUUCCUGAGGUCCAGAGGCCAUUAAAGAAUAAACAUGGGGCUUAGAGUUGUCUUGGCCACCAAACACAGACAGGUAAGCCAACAGAGUUCAGCUCUCCUACACGGUGUGCUGGGACCUGGGACCUGGAGCCACUCGUGGUCCUGAGGUGGGACUGAGGGAGGGAAAGGGCUCCCCCACUUCAGGCUGGUCACUGUAUUUUGACUUCCCUCUCGGAAGCAAAAUCCCACUCGUAAAAAUCAACUUCCAAGACAAAAGAUGAUCUGAUGUCACUUUUCUGGGUCCACCAGGAAAGGACACAGGAUGUCUCUGAACUUUGGAACAGCCCCUCAUAUUUUGGGGCCAGAAGUUUGCCCAGAAAGCAGCAGGUGGCUCUGCCUGGCUGUAGCCCGGCUCAUCGGCUGUCCCUGGGCUUCGUCUCCCUCUUCUGAGUAGUUGCUGCCUUUCUUCAGGUUACCACAAUGCCUCCCCGCUGCUGACGCUUCAUCCCCCACACCUCCAGCCCCAGUUACCUGGAGCUUCUCAGAACCCACUUUGCCGGUGCUAAAACACAAGAGGGGGUGAAAGUGGCUGCCAGUAAUGGCCAGAAACCAACCACCAGAGGCCAGGCUGAAAGACAAGCUCCGGGUGCCCAGGGGCUGACGGGCCAACCAUGUGGCAGGUCCCAGGCCCCACCCACUGCUGCCAUCCGCCUCUGAGCUCCACGGUGUUCCCUCUAAUGGGAACCUCCUCUAGGGAGAGCGAUACUGCACCUUCACCCGUAGGACUCAUAUCUAUAACAAUGUGUAAUGGCUGUAGCAAAAAGCCCUUGUUUCUAGAUGUAAAUGGUCAAAGAAACAAGCGCUCUAUUGUAUUGAAUAAAAUAGUUCAAAUGAGUCCUGUAUCAUUGUAUCUCCUAUUCUGGAUUAGUGCCUUUUGGACAGUAGACUGUUCUGUAAUUAAAAUGUAGUAUACUGCUUUUUUGUACAGUUUUGUUUUAAUAAAACUUUUUUUUAAUUUGUGUUUAUUUUAGUAUUGUACCUAUUAGAGAAUAAAAUGUAUAACUGAA